GUGAACUUCGAGAACCCCGCUUCGAUACGUAUCGUUUCUUGUUGUCUUUCUCAUUGUGAUCUUUCAAGAAGUGCAACUGGAUUUCUGCUCGUUAUCUGUACUGGGAAGCUCGUGAACAUCCAGAAUCCAAGUCCGCCAGCCUGCUUAUAGGAGCUGACAGUCCGCAUUGUCCUUCUUCAUAAAGAAGCCUAGCAUCUAGCUUCUUAGUCUAUUCAUUACAUUGGAGCCUACAAAGUACAUCUUGAAUUUUGUUAGCAACAUCACCUCCACGAUGUCCUGCCCCUUGUGGAAUUACGACGAUGUGCCGCAAUGUGCACGAACACAGGUUCUUUUUUAUGCUCCGUUGGCCAUCGGCGGAAUGUCUUUGGCGUAUCUUGCUGUGUCAUCUGCCAGGUUUUUUACUCGGAAAGAGACACCUGUUGCGCUUUCUGAAGAGAACAGACCUUUGUUGGCCAACCCGGACGCGUAUGGUGCCAUCGGUUCCAAUCCCGAUCUGAAAGCGCCGCAACUUUCGUUGAAAGACCGUCAUUUUGACCUUUCGCUAUUGUCCAAUACCAAUGAGGACGGCACGCCUCACGGCCAAAUGAAGGAUGUGCCCAAGGGCUUGUCUGAUAGGAUCCGCGUUGCUUCCGAAUACUGCCUUGUCAUCUUCCAGUUGGCCAUCACAGCUGCCACGCUUUUCAUGUCUGAUUUCUCUGAAGAGUGGAAUCUGUUUCCAGUGUCGCUUGCGCUCACUGCCUACUGGCUAUACGCCUUUUUGCUAUGCUCAGUGAGAGUGAUCAAUCUUUCCAAGGUACGCGUUGCCGGGCCUUCAUUAUGGUACCAUUCUACUGCCUUGUACAUGCUUUACUUCUUCCCCGCGGCUGUAUUUGCACGCUCCGCGUUGGCAGCCAAUGUGAAGUCCAAUUUGGUUUGCAGAUACUACGAAGCAAGUUUCGUCGCGACAGCACUUUUGGUGUUCUUGAACAUCACCACGGAAAUUGGGGACAAGCCAGGCCAGGUCUACGUCACUUCAGAUGGUGCUAAGCCUUCCCCUGAACGUAUUUCCAGUCUUUGGGCAUUUUCAACUUACUCUUGGAUCGACCCAAUGAUCUGGAAAGCCUACAAGUCGCCCAUGGUGAAGGAAGACAUCUGGGGAUUACGUGAAGAUGACCAUGCUUUAGAUGUCCUCAAAAAAUUUGAAUCUACAAAGCUGACUGCUAGGUUCACGUUCAAGUUGUUCUCCCACUUCAAGGCCUUGUUCUUGUUGCAAGGCUUCUGGGCCAUUCUCGACUCUGUACUUGUCUUUGUGCCAACUUUGCUUUUGAAAAGUGUCUUGGAGUAUGUCUCCGAUCAGUCGUCAACCACCAAGAACGUUGCAUGGUGCCUUGUCAUUCUCAUGCCGCUCACAAAAAUGGCAGACUCUGUCACUUCAGGAUUCUCUUUGUUUCUUGGUAGACGUGUGUGCGUUCGCAUGAGGGCUAUUAUUAUUGGCCAGGUGUACUCCAAAGCCUUGAGAAGAAGAAUCGUCACAAGUGAAGACUCUGAAGAAACCAACAAUGAUUCAGAAAGCAAGGACGGGGGAGCUAAAAAGAGCGAUCCGAAAGAUUCAAAGUCAUCAGAAUUGGGAGCAAUCAUCAAUUUGAUGGCAAUUGAUGCUUUCAAAGUGUCGGAAAUUUGCGGAUACUUGCAUUUCUUUGUUGGGGCUAUUUUGAUGCUCAUAUUUUGCAUUGUCUUGUUGUAUUCUUUGCUUGGUUGGAGCGCUUUGAUUGGAGGAAGUGUGAUCAUUCUCGUGUUGCCCUUCAACUACAAAUUUUCGGCGUGGGUUGCUCGUGCUCAAAAGACAAUGUUGAGCGUAACAGACAAAAGAAUUCAAAAAAUGAACGAGACUUUCCUGAGUAUUCGUAUCAUCAAGUUCUUUGCUUGGGAAGACAACUUUUUCAGGGAAAUCAUGAACAUUAGAAAAGAGGAAAUGUAUUACUUAAAGUUGAGAGUAUUCUGCUGGGGUUGUCAGUCUUUUGUUUGGUUCGUUAUUCCCACUUUGGUGACAGUUAUUUCUUUCUAUUGCUACACUGUCAUUGAAGGAAAGCCCUUGACAGCACCCAUUGCUUUCACGGCAUUGUCGCUUUUCACAUUUUUGCGGUCACCAUUGGACCAAUUAUCUGAUAUGACUGCAAUUGUCAUUCAAUCUAAGGUCUCUUUAGACAGAAUAAGCGACUUUUUGGAGGAAGAGGAAUCUUCCAAAUACGAACAAUUGGAACAAACACCUUCUGUUUCUUCGCCACUCAUUGGAUUCGAAAAUGCUAGCUUUUCUUGGAACUCAAAGUCUGACAAGGACUUCAAAUUGAAAGACUUGAAUACUGCCUUCUUGCCAGGGAAGCUUAAUGUCAUUAUUGGGCCUACUGGUUCUGGAAAAACUUCUUUGUUGCUAGCUUUGCUUGGUGAAAUGGAAUUGAAUGCUGGCAAAAUAUUUUUACCUGGAAUUAUUCCAAGGGAUGAGCUUGUGGUAGACCCAAGAACUGGAUUGACCGAAUCUGUUGCUUACUGCUCGCAAGGUGCUUGGUUGUUGAAUGAUACCAUUAGAAACAAUAUUACUUUCGCAUCUCAGUUCAAUCAAGAACGUUACGACAAGGUUGUUGAUGCAUGCGGUUUGACUAGAGACUUUCAAAUAUUGAGUGCUGGAGACCAAACAGAAAUUGGCGAAAAAGGUAUUGCUCUUUCUGGAGGUCAGAAGCAACGUGUGUCUUUGGCUAGAGCAUUGUACUCAAAUUCCAGACAUGUUUUACUCGAUGACUGCUUAUCUGCGGUGGACUCGCACACUGCAUUGUGGAUUUAUGAAAACUGCAUCUCUGGACCACUAAUGGCCAACAGAACAUGUAUCUUAGUGUCUCACAAUGUGGCUUUGACUGUUCAAAAAGCUGACUGGGUUGUGGUCAUGAACAACGGAAGAGUUGAUCAUGAGGGUACACCAGAACACUUAAUGUCAAAUGGUCAUUUGGGUGACGAUGAAUUGGUUCGUACAUCGGUAAUGAACUCUCGCUCACAAUCUUCGACAGAAUUGCAAACAUUAGACUCCAAAAACUCCGAUAUGAAAGCCAAAUCGCAAGCUAUUGAAAACAAGUUGCAGAAAUUGGCGGAGGGAGAUGAUGAAGAAGUUGUUAGAACCGACGGAAAACUUGUUGAAGAUGAAACAAAAGCUGACGGUGUUGUUGGUCUCAAGGUCUAUACUGAUUACGCCAAAGAAUUUGGCGGAUGGUUUACUUGGACUUGUAUUGUCGCCAUCUUUUUAAUUCCACAAGGUGUGUUUAUCGCUCAGUCCUGGUGGUUAAAGAAAUGGGCACUGGAAACCGCUGAAUCCACUGUUGGUAUUGCCAGCUUGAACAAUGUAAAUUCGUUCAGAGAGUUGAAAUCUGAAUUCAUGAGCAGCGUGGUUUCGACAACUCACGUUGCAUUCUCUUAUGUCAGACCACAAGCGAUCAUCGAAACAGUUCAAACUUUCCAAAAGGAGAAUUCUGUCUUGUUCUACAUCUCAAUUUAUGGAGGCAUUGGUAUGACAUAUGCUUUAUUAGCGACAUUGAGAGUCUUUUGGACUUUCUUGGCUGGUAUCACCGCUUCCAACAACGUUUUCCAGAAAGUUCUUACCCGGAUUUUGAGAGCCAAAUUGAGAUUUUUUGACAAGACCCCAUUGGGUCGUAUCAUGAAUCGCUUCUCCAAGGACAUCGAAGCUGUCGAUCAAGAAUUAACCCCAUUUGCAGAGGGUGUUUUUGCAUUUGUUAUUGCUUGCGUUUCAACACUUCUUCUCAUUGCCAUUAUCACUCCAGGAUUCUUGUUUUUUGCUGUGUUUAUUGCAUACUUCUACUACUUGGUAGGAGUAUUCUACAUUUCACUUUCAAGAGAGUUGAAAAGGUUUGAUUCUAUCACAAAGUCUCCCAUUCACCAGCACUUCUCUGAGUCGUUGGUUGGUGUGGCUACAAUUAGAGCAUAUGGUGUUGAAACAAGAUUUAUGAAGCAGAAUUUGUCAGCCAUUGAUAAUAACAACAGACCAUUUUUUUACAUGUGGGUCGCUAACAGAUGGUUGUCUAUUCGUAUCGACGCAGUCGGCUCCAUGGUUAUGUUUUUUUCUGGAGUGUUCGUGCUUUUAUCAAUCGGAAGGAUUGACGCCGGAUUGGCUGGAUUGUCAUUGUCCUAUGCUAUUUCGUUCUCAGAGAACGCUUUAUGGAUUGUCAGACUUUACGCAAACAUUGAAAUGAACAUGAACUCUGUCGAGAGAUUACAAGAAUAUUUGGACGUUGAAGAGGAGCCUCCUGCAGAAGUUCCAGAGACCAAACCAGCAAGCAACUGGCCACAAACUGGAGAGAUUGAUGUCAAUGAUUUAUCAUUGAGAUAUGCUCCAGACUUACCACGUGUUAUUAAAAAUGCCACAUUUCAUGUGAAGCCCUGUCAUAAAAUUGGUAUUGUUGGUCGUACAGGGGCAGGCAAAUCCACAAUCAUUACUGCCUUUUUUAGGUUUCUAGAUGCAGAAACCGGCUCGAUCAAGAUCGAUGGCGUUGACAUUUCCAAAAUUGGACUUAAGGACUUGCGUUCGGCAAUUACCAUCAUUCCUCAGGAUCCAACUCUAUUUACUGGUACAAUCAGAAGCAAUUUGGAUCCAUUUAAUCAAUACAGCGAUGAACAAAUCUUCGAGGCAUUGACUAGAGUGAACCUUAUAGGCAAAAAGGAAAGGGAAAGGGAAGUCAGCAAGGAUGAUGCUAAUGAGAAUCAAAACAAGUUUAUGGAUAUUGAGUCGUCAGUUUCCGAAGGUGGAAAUAACCUUUCGCAAGGACAAAGGCAAUUGAUGUGCCUUGCAAGAUCUUUGUUGAAGAGCCCCAAGGUCAUUUUGUUGGAUGAGGCCACUGCUUCGAUCGACUAUAAAUCUGAUGCUUUGAUCCAACAAACGAUUAGAGAUGAGUUUUCCCACUCCACUAUUUUAACCAUUGCUCAUAGAUUGAGAUCCAUUAUUGAUUAUGACAAGAUCUUGGUUAUGGACGCUGGUAGAGUUGUGGAGUACGAUGAUCCAUAUGCCUUGAUUGCAAACAAGGAUUCCUUAUUUUACAGCAUGUGUGAGAAUAGUGGAGAAUUGGAUUCGCUCACUAAACUUGCCAAGGCUUCCUUCGUGAACAAAAAGAACGCUAUACGCAAUUAAACACACUGAUGAAAGAACGGUGUUACUAGACAAACAGUUAUUGAUAUUUCAUUUAUAAAUGAUUUUUGUAUAGCGCUGGUCUUUAAACAAGAGAAAAUACCAUACUAUAUCAGAUGACGAUUACGAAUAACCUUAUUGUUGUUUGUCCAAUCUCUGUUGCAGAGUGACAUCUGAUGUUCAGCCAUGGAAUUGGAAACGAACGAGCUUCGAAGUACACCCGAAAGAAGUAGGCUCUAAAGAAGACUCACAAAAGAAACUCCAAGAUUAUGAACAUUUGUCGAACCGAGCAUCGGGGAACUUGGCUGAGAUUUUCAGCCUCAGAUGUAUUUUUUGAAUGUAUAGAUAUAACAAUCACCUUU